AUGCAGUAUGUUUCAUCACGUAUCGUAUUCUACGAGGACAGAAAUUUCCAGGGUCGGCACCAUGAGUGCAUGAGCGAUUGUGCCGACCUGCACCCCUUCUUCAAACGCUGCAACUCCAUUCGAGUGGAGAGCGGCUGCUUUGUGGUGUAUGAGAGACCCAACUAUCUGGGCCAUCAGCACUUCCUCCGCAGGGGGGAGUACUCAGACAACCAGCGUAUGAUUGGCAUCAGCGACUGCGUCCGCUCCUGCCGCUUGAUUCCCAUGCAUCGUGGUUCCUACAAAAUAAGAUUAUAUGAGCAUCCAGACAUGAGCGGCCAAAUGCAGGAAGUGAUUGAUGAUUGCCCAGAUGUCCAGGACUGCCUCCAUAUGUCUGAAAUUAACUCGUGCAACGUGGUCGACGGCCACUGGCUGCUGUACGACCAGCCCAACUACAGGGGGAGAAGCUACUACCUGACACCCGGCGAGUACCGCAGAUACAGUGACUGGGGUGGCGCCAGUCCAAGGAUCGGCUCGCUCAGACGAAUCACCGACUAG